AUGACGGACUCAUCGUUAAAGGAUCGCCUGCGCGACCAUUCGGAGGCUUUUGACAGCCUGCUGUCCCUGAUUCCAGCCAAGCUAUACUACGGAGAAGACACAAGUGAUCAGUGGCAGAGAAAGAAGCAGACCAAGGAGCAAGCAAGAGCUGCCAAGCGGAGCAAGCUGGAUCCUGACAGCGCGCUGAACCGGAACGCCAAGGAGGUUUUGGACGAGCGGAUCCGAAACAAGCGAAAGGCACAAGAGCUCGAGCCAAGCGAGGACGGAAGUGUCCAGGACGACGAUGACGCUGUAGACCUAGAACGGCGAGGUAUCAGCAAGGAGACGCCAGGAGAAGGUCUCAAAAAGCGGAAGUUGGUUGAUGAUGAAGCGAACGAGGAAGUCAAGGCGAGCGACGAAGCGAAGGCGGCGAAGCUAUCAACGCAUCAAGAAAAAAAGCUUCUCAAGAAGCAGAAAAAGACAGAAAAAAAUGCCGAGAAGAAGAAGUCAAAGACUGCGAAAGCCGUCAACAAGGACGACGCAGCUGAGGACGACGCAGCUGAGGACGACGCAGCUGAGGACGACGUCUCUGCACCAGGAAACGAAGAUGACUCGAUAGUGCCAGAUGGUGUCAGACAGUCGAGGGAAGCAGCAGAAGGGGAGGAGUCUCAAACCCGCAAGGACAUGAGGCCCAUCGAUGUAUCGGGCUUGACCGACGAGGACGCAAAUCAAACAUCGUCAUCCCAGGUCUCCACACCUGCGUCUCCUACCUUCGACACGACCGAACCCGGCGAGCCCUCCGCUGAGCCCGCAAGCACCACAACGUCAAUAGCCAGCGAGAACGCACCAGCCGACAAGUCCAGAAAAAUCAAAAUCCCGUCCGAUACCACCGAGCUCCGCGCCCGCCUGGCCGCCAAGAUUGCGGCCCUGCGCGCGGCUCGGAAGGCAGAUGGACCUGACGGUACGCCGAUCCGCACGCGGCAAGAACUCAUCGAGUCGCGACGCAAGAAGCUUGCCGAGCGCAAGGCGCACAAGAAGGAACUCCGGCAGCAGGCCAAGGAGGCCGAGGACAAGAAGCGCGAGGAGGCGCUGGCAAGCGCGCGAAACUCGCCGAUGCUCAGCUUUGGCUCGCCGGAGCACGACCUGAACUUCUCGUUCGGACGUGUCGCAUUUGCCGACGGGACACAAAUGUCGCACGACCUGAGCUACAUGAAGGACAAGAGCGGCAAGAAGAAGGGUCCGAUGGAUCCCAAGGGGGCACUCGCGAAACUCGAGGCUCAAAAGAAGCGUCUUGCAGCCCUGGACGACAGUAAGCGGAAAGACGUCCUAGAGAAGGAGACGUGGCUUGCUGCUAGGAAAAAGGCAGAGGGAGAAAAGGUCCACAAUGACGAGUCCCUGCUCAAGAAGGCCGUCAAGCGCAAGGACAAGGCCAAAAAGAAGAGCGAGAAGGAGUGGAACGAUCGUAUCCAGGGCGUGCAGCACGCCCAGAAACAACGCCAGCAGAAACGCGAAGAAAACAUUCGCAAGCGCAAGGAGACUAAGCAGGCGGGCAAGGGAGGCAAGAAGAAGAGCGGUGGCAAGUCACCGGCCAAGAAAAGCCGGCCCGGCUUUGAGGGUAGCGGGUUUGGCAGGAGAAAGUAG